CUCAUUCUUUUGUGGUAUGUGUUUAUAUUACCUUCCCUUUCCUAAUCUUAACCUUCUCUCACAAAAUAUAAGCACCCUUUACUGAGGGCUGUAGUUGAAUGUCAAACUCUACAGCAAGGUUCUUAACCUUUCAUGCUCUAUGGACUCUUUUGGCUAUGAGAUAAUACAAAUAGACUUGCUUGUUUUUAAAUGCAUAAAACGAAAUAUGCUAGCCCUUUGGAAGGCCAAGGCAGGAGGGUAGCUGGAGUCUAGCAGUUUGAGAGCAGCCUGGGCAAUGGGUAAGACCCUGGCUCUACAAAUUUUCAUUUUAAUUAGCUGGGUGUGGUGGUGUGCACCUGUGGUCCCAGCUACUUGGGAGGCUGAGGCAGGAGAAUGGCUUGAGCCCAGAAUGUCAAGGGUGCAUUGAGCUGAACUCCAGCCUCCCAAGUAUGAUAGAGUGAGCCUCUGUCUCAAAAAAUUAAAAUUAAAAUAAAAAAAAACCCAAAAAUAAAUAAACAAACCCCCCCAAAACACAAAUAAGUAGGGUUAUAAAGGAAAAUAAUUAUAUUAAAGAAUACUUAUCAAAAUAGUUUUAUUUUAUUUUAUUUUAUGCCUUUAAUGACUAUGAACUGGAAUAUAGAAGAGAAAAACCUGAGAAAAUAUCGACUUCGCAGUUACAGCCCAGAAUUCUUUGUAGGGCCUUGUGGGUCCUCCAUAACAAUGAGGAGGGCUUCCCACCCAGGCCUCUGGCUUUCAACUUUAAUGAUCCAGGAUAAACCUGGAAAAUUGAUCAGCAGCUGGAGGCAUGUUGCAAACUCUUCUCUGAAAAAAUUACCAAGGCAUGAACGACAUAUGAAAAGCUAUGUAUACAUCUUUAAUGUGUAUAUCUCAAUGAGUUUGGGGAUAAGCACACACCUGUGAAAAAGGCUAUUCUGCUCUACUUAAAUGAAAAUAAUUACUCAGUGUUUUACUUAAAUAACAAUAUCCCCUAAUAUAGUUGAAGUAUGAUUCCAUGUGAAGUAUUUUCUUUGGCUGUUCUAUGGAACUCUUGAUACUCAGAACUCUUGGAUAUAAAAAUUCUCUGGAAAUUCUCCAAUAUUAAAAACAAAGUGUCCCUUAUUCCCCCCUUUUCAUUUUCUACUCUUCUAUUCCAUAAUGCCACUUCAAAACCAACAUGUUUCUGGUUCUCUAACCUCUUCCUUUUUUCUCUUUCACUGCUGCUUCCUGUACACAAUAGUCCACACAGACCACACUAACCCUCAGUUGGACCACAGGAUGUCAGUGUAAUCAGUGCUGCUCUGUUAGUCCCGGUAUCAGAAACAUUUAGAAAAUGCCAAAAAUAUUGGAAUUAAAAAAGCUAUUUCAGCAAACAUUUCCAUGGGCAUUGCCUUCCUGUUAAUAUAUGCAUCAUAUGCACUGGCCUUCUGGUAUGGAUCCACUCUAGUCAUAUCAAAAGAAUAUACUAUUGGAAAUGCAAUGACAGUCUUUUUUUCAAUCCUAAUUGGAGCUUUCAGUGUUGGUCAGGCUGCCCCAUGUAUUGAUGCUUUUGCCAAUGCAAGAGGAGCAGCAUAUGUGAUCUUUGAUAUUAUUGAUAAUAAUCCUAAAAUUGACAGUUUUUCAGAGAGAGGACACAAACCAGACAGCAUCACAGGGAAUUUGGAGUUCAAUGAUGUUCACUUUUCUUACCCUUCUCGAGCUAACAUCAAGAUCUUGAAAGGCCUCAACCUGAAGGUGCAGAGUGGGCAGACGGUGGCCCUGGUUGGAAGCAGUGGCUGUGGAAAGAGCACGAUGGUCCAGCUGAUACAGAGGCUCUAUGACCCUGAUGAGGGCACAAUUAACAUUGAUGGGCAGGAUAUUAGGAACUUUAACGUAAGUUAUCUGAGGGAAAUCAUUGGUGUGGUGAGUCAGGAGCCGGUGCUAUUUUCCACCACAAUUGCUGAAAAUAUUCGUUAUGGUCGUGGAAAUGUAACCAUGGAUGAGAUAAAGAAAGCUGUCAAAGAAGCCAACGCCUAUGAGUUUAUCAUGAAAUUACCACAGAAAUUUGACACCCUGGUUGGAGAGAGAGGGGCCCAGCUGAGUGGUGGGCAGAAGCAGAGGAUUGCCAUUGCACGUGCCCUGGUUCGCAACCCCAAGAUCCUCCUGCUGGACGAGGCCACGUCAGCCUUGGACACAGAAAGUGAAGCUGAGGUACAGGCGGCUCUGGAUAAGGCCAGAGAAGGCCGGACCACCAUUGUGAUAGCACACCGACUGUCUACGGUCCGAAAUGCAGAUGUCAUUGUUGGGUUUGAGGAUGGAGUCAUUGUGGAGCAAGGAAGUCACAGCGAACUGAUGAAGAAGGAAGGGGUGUAUUUCAAACUUGUCAACAUGCAGACAUUAGGAAGCCAGAUUCAGUCAGAAGAAUUUGAACUAAAUGAUGAAAAGGCUGCCCCUGGAAUGACACCAAAUGGCUGGAAAUCUCGCCUAUUUAGACAUUCUACUCAGAAAAACCUUAAAAAUUCACGAAUAUGUCAGAAUAGCCUUGAUGUGGAAAUUGAUGGGCUUGAAGCAAAUGUGCCACCAGUGUCUUUUCUGAAGGUCCUGAAACUGAAUAAAACAGAAUGGCCUUACUUUGUCGUGGGAACAGUAUGUGCCAUUGCCAAUGGAGGACUUCAGCCAGCAUUUUCAGUCAUAUUCUCAGAGAUGAUAGCGAUUUUUGGACCAGGGGACGAUGCGGUGAAGCAGCAGAAGUGCAACAUGAUCUCAUUGCUUUUCUUAUGUCUGGGAAUUAUUUCUUUUUUUACUUUCUUCCUUCAGGGCUUCACAUUUGGGAAAGCUGGCGAGAUCCUCACCACGAGACUGCGGUCAAUGGCUUUUAAAGCAAUGCUAAGGCAGGACAUGAGCUGGUUUGAUGACCAUAAAAACAGUACUGGUGCACUUUCCACAAGACUGGCCACGGAUGCUGCCCAAGUCCACGGAGCCACAGGAACCAGGUUGGCUUUAAUUGCACAGAAUGUAGCUAACCUUGGAACUGGUAUUAUCAUAUCAUUUAUCUACGGUUGGCAGUUAACCCUACUGCUAUUAUCAGUUGUUCCAAUUAUUGCUGUAUCAGGAAUUGUUGAAAUGAAAUUGUUGGCUGGAAAUGCCAAAAGAGAUAAAAAAGAACUGGAAGCUGCUGGAAAGAUUGCAACAGAGGCAAUAGAAAAUAUUAGGACAGUUGUGUCUUUGACCCAGGAGAGAAAAUUUGAAUCAAUGUAUGUUGAAAAACUGUAUGGACCUUACAGGAAUUCCGUGCGGAAGGCACACAUCUAUGGAAUCACUUUUAGUAUCUCACAAGCAUUUAUGUAUUUUUCCUAUGCCGGUUGUUUUCGAUUUGGUGCGUAUCUCAUUGUGAAUGGACAUAUGCGCUUCAGAGAUGUUAUUCUGGUGUUUUCUGCAAUUGUGUUUGGUGCAGUGGCUCUAGGACAUGCCAGUUCAUUUGCUCCAGACUAUGCUAAAGCUAAGCUGUCUGCGGCCCAUUUAUUCAUGCUGUUUGAAAGACAACCUUUGAUUGACAGCUACAGUGAGGAGGGCCUGAAGCCUGAUAAGUUUGAAGGAAAUGUAACAUUUAGUGAAGUCAUGUUCAACUAUCCCACCCGACAAAACGUGCCAGUGCUUCAGGGCCUGAGCCUGGAGGUGAAGAAGGGCCAGACGCUGGCCCUGGUGGGCAGCAGUGGCUGUGGGAAGAGCACGGUGGUCCAGCUCCUGGAGCGGUUCUAUGACCCCUCGGCGGGGACAGUGCGUCUCGAUGGUCAAGAAGCAAAGAAACUCAAUGUCCAGUGGCUCAGAGCCCAACUCGGAAUCGUGUCUCAGGAACCCAUCCUAUUUGACUGCAGCAUUGCUGAGAAUAUUGCCUAUGGAGACAACAGCCGGGUGGUAUCACAGGAUGAAAUUGUGAGUGCAGCCAAAGCUGCCAACAUACAUCAUUUCGUCGAGACAUUACCCCAUAAAUAUAAAACAAAAGUGGGAGAUAAGGGGACUCAGCUCUCAGGAGGUCAGAAACAGAGGAUUGCUAUUGCCCGAGCUCUCAUCAGACAACCUCAAAUCCUCCUGUUGGAUGAAGCUACCUCAGCUCUGGAUACUGAAAGUGAAAAGGUUGUCCAAGAAGCCCUGGACAAAGCCAGAGAAGGCCGCACCUGCAUUGUGAUUGCUCACCGCCUGUCCACCAUCCAGAAUGCAGACUUGAUAGUGGUGUUUCAGAAUGGCAGAGUCAAGGAGCAAGGCACGCAUCAGCAGCUGCUGGCACAGAAAGGCAUCUAUUUUUCAAUGGUCAGUGUCCAGGCUGGGACACAGAACUUAUGAACUUUUGCACAGUAUAUUUUUAAAAUAAAUUCAAGUUAUUCUACAAUUUUA